AUGGCGCCAGACGACGGUCCUUCGAGUAAUUUGCAAUCAAAGAAGAUAUAUUAUGAAUUCGAAAAAGGCAAAGAAUGUUCCGCAGAGGCGGAGGGGACGGGGAAAUUCAGUCAAGUGAAAACAGGAGUGGAGAGACUGUUGGAAGGACGCACGCACAUUCCUAAGGCUGAUGCCAAUAAAAUUGUGAAGAACUAUUGUGACGCAUGUGGGGGUAUAAACAGAACAGAGAGAGGCCACUACUACGAACCGUGCUAUUCGUUCUAUUAUUGGUUAGGUACAAAAAUAAAGGGCAAAGAAAAAACUGCCAAUGAACUGCACGAUACCAUGCAAAAAAUUUACACUGAACUGAGUCCUUUCAAAUGUAAUAAUAAGUGCAGUGAGAUAUACCUUGCUACCAGCGACAUCCUCCUUGACGAAAGUAAAAAAAUGUUCGAGUUCGGUUAUAACUAUGAAUCUUUAAAAGGGUGGUCAGAAGGUAAGGAAAAGCCCUGUUGGCCAGAAUAUAAUGAACAUUGGGAUGCUGCAAAAAAGGCAUAUGAAAAGAAGGAUGUUCUCUGUGGUACUGAUCAAAAAUGUAAAACAUUUAUGAGUAAUUAUGACCAAUAUUUUAAGGACAGGCAGCAAGCGAAGGAAUUGCCAUGCAAUUCAAUAAGCAAAGUACAGGAACAACCAGAUUCAAAGGACGCAGCUGCCAUCUUAUCGGGAGGAGAGGAAGACGACGAGGAAGACGACCUCGACUACCUGGAAGACGAUCUCCUGGAGGAAGGCGAUGAGGAGGAGGAUCCAUCUUUGGAUGACUUACCCUCAAGGAAAAAGUAUAAGGUAUUAAAUGAGAAGGCCGACAGCGAUAAUAAGGACGAUUGCAACAGUGCAGGGUGGCAAAAAAUAAAAAGUUAUGUUCAGGAUGAAAGUGUUGAGUAUAAAAUUAAGGGGGCCAUGUGCUAUGUAUAUGAUAUGGAUGAUAGUGAACGUAAGAAAGAAGGAUGGUGUGAUUACUCUUAUUAUUGGGUAGGUAAAAUUCUACGGAAGGAAUUUAAGGAUGGUCCAUCAUUUCGUCAAGCUAUGAAGAAAGUUAAAAAAGCAAUGCAGAGGAGUAGAAGUGAUCAUGGGUGCUCUUUCAAGUUUCCAACAAAGGGGAGGACAUAUUUCAAACAGUCGAAAUUUUUGUUUGAUUAUUACAAAGACAAAGAUGUCGUAGUGGCCAAAGUGAAGAGUGAUCAGGAGGAGGAUUGUUCUAACCCAUAUUAUAAAUAUCUACUGAAAGCACAAUCUGCAUAUGAGUAUAUGCAGCCUAAGUGCGAGAAGGACAAUAAGAGUGAAUGGUGUAAGGCAUUUAAGACAAUGUAUGGACAAUGUAAAGAUCCGGGGAAGACGGUCCCAGAAUGUGUAGUGGCAAAUAAACCAGAAGAACCAUGUAAUAGUGGUCCCAAACCUGGAGCAGAAGCAAGUACAUUACUCACCACAAGUGGAACCUCCCCCGGAAGUAACAGCACUAUUACUGCUGUUGCCUCUUCUGCACUCGCCGUGAUGGGAACAGCAUUCAUCACUCUCUUCCUGUACAGAGUAAAUACAGUUACAGUAGAAAUAUGA